UGAUCAUCAAAGUAGGAAUAAACCUCAUCCUGUUGUAAUAGGAGUUUGAUUUUUUUCUUAGUAAUUCUUUAAAAUAAUCUUCUGCUUGAAUGGAACUUCUCUAUGUAAAAGUGAAAAAAGGACGGUUGAAUGGCGCUGCUGACACAUUUAAUACCUAUGUUGUUUUAAAAGUCCAAAAUCUAAAAAGCACCACAAUAAACAGAAAAGGAAGCGAACCUUGCUGGGAACAAGACUUUAUGUUUGAAAUCAGUGAUGUUGAAAAGGGCUUCAUGGUGGAGCUGUGGAAGAAAGGCUUGAUAUGGGACAAACUUGUAGGUACUUUAUGGAUUCCCCUAACAACUGUGGAAUAUGCAACAGAUGUAAGUUGACUUGCAGUGCAAAAAUGUUUUGUGUAAAAUCUGAUUAAAAACUUAUUUUCAGUCUCUCACCUACUGUAAUUACACUUAUGAUUAAUCAUAAAUGACAUCUCAGUUGCUUCAGGCCAUAAUACUGAGGCACAGUGC